AUGCUGGACACCUGUGUUCGGCGUGCGGGCAGCGCGGGGCUGCCGGACGAUCCUGGCCUUGACUGCCCAGUUCCCGCACCCCCGUCCCCAGCCCUCGCUUCGAGCGCAGCGGGGGGAGGGGGCGGGGCGAGGACGGCGCAGACAAUGGCCCGGGACCCGGGCGCCGGCAGCAGUGCCCGGAGCGGGGCGUGGCGGCGCGCCCCUGCCGGCGUUCAUGCUGGUGGUCCCGCCGCCGAGCGCGCGGGCAGACGAGGGACUGGAAGGUAUGAGCAGACGGAGGGCCGUCGCCCGCCGUGCUGCUCUCCAAAGCCCCACACCUUGGCCGAAGACACCUCUGCCGGCACCGGCCACCGAGGCCCCGCCUCCCGAUCCCCGCCCCUGGCCAGCCGGCCCCGCCCCCGGCCUGACCUCAGCGGGGCCGGGCCGCGGGCUCAGAGCGCAGGCAGGGCCGAGCCGCGCGGGCCGCCGCCGCCGCCGACGCCGCCGCGCGCCGGGCCGGCCCCGCGCCCGCGCCGCCCCGGGUCCCGCGGCCCGGCCGGCCGCCCGCGCCGCUGCGAGCCGCCCAUGGUGCAGCGCAUGUGGGCCGAGGCGGCCGGGCCUGCGGGCGGCGCCGAGCCGCUGUUUCCGGGCUCCCGGCGGAGCCGCAGCGUGUGGGACGCCGUGCGCCUGGAGGUGGGCGGCCCCGACAGCUGCCCGGUGGUGCUGCACAGUUUCACACAGCUCGACCCCGACCUGCCGCGCCUGGAGAGCUCCACGCAGGAGAUUGGCGAGGAGCUGGUCAACGGCGUCAUCUACUCCAUCUCCCUGCGCAAGGUUCAGGUGCACCACGGCGCCAACAAGGGCCAGCGCUGGCUCGGGUAUGAAAAUGACUCGGCCCUGAACCUGUAUGAGACCUGCAAGGUGCGGACCGUGAAGGCAGGCACGCUGGAGAAGCUGGUGGAGCACCUGGUGCCCGCCUUCCAGGAGAGCGACCUCUCCUAUGUCACCAUCUUCCUGUGCACCUACCGAGCCUUCACCACGACCCAGCGGGUCCUGGACCUGCUGUUCCAAAGAUACGGGUGCAUCCUCCCUUAUUCCAGCGAGGACGGCGGACCUCAGGACCAACUGAAAAAUGCCGUCUCCUCCAUCCUGGGCACCUGGCUGGACCAGUACUCCGAGGACUUCUGUCAGCCCCCGGACUUCCCGUGCCUCAAGCAGCUGGUGGCCUACGUGCAGCUCAACAUGCCCGGCUCCGACCUGGAGCGCCGCGCCCACCUUCUCCUGGCCCAGCUGGAGCGCACAGAGCUCACCAAGGCAGAGCAGGAGGGUGAGGAGCGGGGUCGGUGCUGGACACGCAGGAGCCCCUGGGGCUGCCUCAGACCGCCCACGUGGGGACCGCUGGCGGGGCGACGUCCUGUCUCAGAUCCUGGCUGGAGCCUCUGUAAAAGGCCGCGGGCUGUUUCCUUUGCUUGCAAAGGCCCGUGUGAGGCAGGCACGUGGAUCUCCUCCUGCACCUUCACUGCCAUCUCAGGAUCUAGAACUGGCUCCAGCACCAGCCCCUGUGCAAUCUGAAGACCUAGAUCCAGCUGCAGAAGCAGCAACAGAACUAAAGCCAGAUCCAGAGCUGGAGGCGUUUCCAUCAGUGGCUGGAGGGACACCUUGAGCGGCGGCACCAGAGUGGGAGCCAACAUCACAAUCAGUUGCAUCAGCACCUCUGCCUCCAGGGCCCGCGGCUGCACCUGCUCCGGAGGAGACCCAGAGCCGGCUCGGCACCCACUACCCCUGCGGGGAGAACGAGCUCUGACGCCACGCUCAGCGUCAGCUCCUGACCCACUUCUACCCGCUCCCCCCACCCCCAAACUUCCCUUCCCCUCCCCUGUUACUGUUUCUGAUUUGGUUUUUAAUUUUAUGUUUUCAUUUCACAUUAUUUAUGGUGUCUUUUACGUCUUCAUAUAACCAAGUUUAAUUUUUUAAAUUUGAAAUUGUGCAUUUCAGGAGCAUCGAGUAUAUUCACAGUUCUAUGCAACCUUCCCCAGGGUCUCGGGCAGACUGUUUCACUCCCCAGAAGGAAUCCCUGAGCCAAAGCGCUCAUGCCCCAUUCCUCUCUCCCCCAGCCCCCGACAACCUAUAAUCUGCUUUCUGUCUCUGUGUCUUUACCUGUUCUAGAUGUUUCCUAUAAAUGGAAUUAUACAAGGUGGCUUUCUGUGUAGGCCACAUAUUUUAAGAGGGGAGUAGUUAAUUUUUGUUUUCUUUUUUUACUUCAAAAUAGCAUUUUUAUUAUAUGAAAGGGAAAUGCCAGAUGGAUUAAAGGUGGGAUGUACAAAUUGAA